CCACUCCUUUCUGUACCUGAAGAUCUUGUCCAGUGCUUCAUUUUUGCUUCCGUUUCUCGCGUGUCUUGCUCUCUGUACGAUGCUGGUGUUUUCAGUCACUUCUCUUUUGCCUCGUCCUUCUUGUUUCACUCAUUAAGCCGGUGGUGUUUCUUGCUGCUCUUUUGCAUCUUCUGGACGUUUAUUCAAACCAUACAUUCGCUUAAGAACGACAAACAUGGACAGUUCAUUGCAGGGUGGCGUAAUUGCCCUAAUCACGAUACUGGCUGCCUCAAUUGCUUCACUGCUCGCCUUCAGCAACCAAUUACGGAAGGAUCAAGAAUCAGAAUCGACUAUUCCUGGAUGUCGCCGCAUUGGCCUUAUCGGAAGGAGUAACAUGUCUGAUCAGUAUUCACCAAAGCACAACGGAGAGAACCUCGAUUCAUCAGCGGCAUGCAAGAUCAAGGCCCUGUUCAUCUACCCGGUCAAGUCUUGCAAGCCCGUGGAACUUGAAGACAGCGAUGUUAUCCUGACUGGUCUGCGUUAUGAUCGUCAAUUCUGCUUCACCCAGCUCAAGACAGAGCAAGUAGAGAAAGAGGAGGGAGAUCUCAGUGUCAACUCUGAAUGGGUUCACAACUGGAAGUUCAUCACCCAACGAAAUGUCCCUCGAUUGAGUCAGGUCGACACUCAGAUCUGGAUCCCGGACCCGUCAUCGCCGACCUAUUCUCCGAAAGCAGAGUGGGUCAAGUCUCAAGGAUGUGUCGUUUGCUCCUUCGCCUUUACUCCUGAGUGGUCCUGGAAUAUGAAUGGCCUGAGAACUGCUUUUUCAAUCUUCAAGGCCAAGCUUGCUCAGCGCGACAUCGAAGCAGAGCCUCGCAUUACCUUCAAACUUCCUAUUGCCCCUGACGAGGAGAGAUCAAGCAAAUACACUCGCGAAGUCAUGAAGAUCUGGAAGGAUUCACCCACAGCCAUCAACAUCACCUCGGAGAUACCACCAGAGACACUAGGAAAGUUGAAAUACUUCCUCGGUGUCUCUAACCCUAUUGCUCUAUUCAAGGCAGACCCCCUAAACCAUCGCAAGGUAUUUAGGAAUGCACCUAGGAUAGAAGAGGCUGGCUACCAACCUGGUGUUGGCUUUGCUGAUGCUUACCCGCUGUCAAUCAUGGGCGUCGCCUCAGUACAAAAAGUAUCCAAGACCAUCACAAACCUACCAACACCCCACCUGGACGCGCUCCGCUUCCGCGCAAACAUCUACCUCACAAACGCCCCUCCCUUCGCCGAAGACGACUGGAAACAAAUCCGUUCUCGCAAUCUCUCCUACCACGUAAGCUGUCGAACAACUCGCUGCGACCUGCCCAACGUCGACCCAGUAACCGGCAUCAAAGACCGCGCCGAACCCUACAAGACCCUCAAACAAACACGAGGCUUUGUAGACAAAGGCGCCGGUGCUCAUCCGGUACUAGGUAUGCAAAUGGUUCCUCUGCUGGAAGAUGCAGCAGGUAAAGGAGAAAUCAGAGUUGGUGAGGAAAUGGAGGUUGUAAAAACAGGAGAACACUUUUAUAUAAGGUUGUUUCAGGAUUAAUGUAAUUGAAAAGUUUUUGUGGUUUUCUGUUC